CUUGGAUUAGUUAUUAGUGUAAGGUAACACUACUUUCGAUUUAUUCAUCUAUAAAAACCAAAAUUAGAGUGCAUUUCAUUGAUCUAUACCAUCAUACUUGUCAACAAAAAUUUUCUUAAAGAACGCAUAACUGUUUUUUUCAUGGCUGGUUCUGUCUAUAACCUUCCAAGUCAAAACCCUAAUCCACAGUCUUUAUUCCAAAUCUUUGUUGAUCGAGUACCACUUUCAAACUUGCCUGCCACGUCAGACGACUCUAGCCGGACUGCAGAAGAUAAUGAGAGGAAGCGGAGAAGGAAGGUAUCGAACCGCGAGUCAGCUCGGAGAUCGCGUAUGCGGAAACAGCGUCACAUGGAAGAACUGUGGUCCAUGCUUGUUCAACUCAUCAAUAAGAACAAAUCUCUAGUCGAUGAGCUAAGCCAAGCCAGGGAAUGUUACGAGAAGGUUAUAGAAGAGAACAUGAAACUUCGAGAGGAAAACUCCAAGUCGAGGAAGAUGAUUGGUGAGAUCGGGCUUAAUAGGUUUCUUAGCGUAGAGGCCGAUCAGAUCUGGACCUUCUAAUCGUCUCGUAAGCUUGUUGGUUUUUUGUUGUUUAUUUAAAGAAGAGGACCAAGGUAUACAAACAUCUCAAAUGAAUCUAUAACAAUAUAAUCAAAUAUAUUUUACCAAAAAUAUAACCUAAAGAGAGUGUUCUUUAGAUCUCAGGUUCGAAUUUUGUCAUUGGGGGUGUUCAGGGGACUUUGCUCUGUUUUGAAUUUCGGACCUAUGGUCCAAAACUUUUUGGUUACAAAAAAAUAAAAACUAUAUAUUUUCAUGUUCUAAUAAAUAAACAGGUCCAUAUCGAUGUAUGCAUCAUCUUUGUCUCUUUCGAAAUGUUCUUGAUCCCUGUCUGAACUUGUUACGGGUCUAUAAACCAAAUAUUUCCAAAAGAAAGUGUUCAUAUAUAAUCUGACAAGUCUUUAUCUACUAACGAUAUUUAGAUUCGGCUCAAUCAACGACUAUUGUAAAAUUUCUAAAACAAUAGUCAAAUCAUUUAUCACAUUCCCAUAAACUGACUCAAUUUUAUCCAAAGCCAAAACAUUAAUUAUA